AUGAUUGAUGCUGCUAGUGGUGGGACAUUUAUGAAUAAAUUUGAUGAUGAAGCCCUAGAUUUAAUUGAAAUGUUGGCUGAAAAUAGUACUCAUCAUAUAGUAUUAAAUCAAAACGGAAGGCAAAUAAGGCCUAGAAGAGGUGGAAUGAUUGAAACAAAAGCUGUUGAAUCCGAAAUAUUUUUAGAAAAAAUUGAUAAAGUGAUGAAAGAUGUAAAAUUUUUGAUGGACAAGUCAUCAACAGCUCCUGCUCAAGCUUUUGAACAGUCCAUGCAUGGCCCAGAUAUGACUGCAUGUACCCUUUGUUCUAGUUAUGAACAUGUAGAAAUAGAGUGUCCUAGAAUGAAGGGUUGAUGGCAAUGAAUGAUAGAGUCAGGCCCCCUCAACUUAUUGCUAGACACUCAUGGCCAGAAAGGACAUCUCAACCUCCUGUAUACAGAACACAAUAUAACAAAUACAACAACUAAAAUUAUAAAAGAGGAAAUGAUAACACCUAUCAACCAUCAUUUCCCAAAUUUCUAACAGCAAGGUCCCUUCCAGCCAAUCCUACGUCCACAAAAUUUUCAGUCCACUCAACCAACUCAUCCUGCUCAAAACAAAGCCACCUUGGCUACUAAUGAAUUGUUGAAGCAGAUGUUGCAGGAGCAAAAGGAGCAAAUGCAAGAGCUGAGGAUAGAAAUGGAAAAAAUGAAGAUGAUGGUGGGAGGGUAGUCACAACAAGGCUACACCACACACGAUAGAUAAAAACAUAAAAUGAUUAAAGUAGGGUUAGGUGACCAUGAAGUAGGUCAAUUUCUUACUCAACCUAUUUUAAAUCCUCCAAAUUUAUAUUUUUCUACAAAUAAACAUUAUAUUCAUGAAGUAAAGAGUAAAGAACUUGAGUUAGAAACACUGCACAUUAUUUAAAGACUUAGGAAUGUAAAGAAUUUGCCUGAUCCAUAUGAACUAAGUGAAGAAAUAGAAGUUGAAAGAAAAAUCCAACAUAGAUAAAACUCAAGAAAAAGUAGAAGAGCUAGCAAAGGAUGAACCUAAUCCCGAGGGAUAUAAAUUGCUUGUUCCUUAAUGCUCUGAAAAUAUCAAAAAAAAACUCAACCAAUCUGAUUAUCAUUUGCUAGAACUGUUCAAACAAGUUAUAAUAAAUAUUCCAUUAGUUGAUGCCAUAGAACACAUACCAUACUAUGUUAAAUUUUUAAAAGGAUUAUGUACACCUAGUAGAAAACAAAAAUAGAUUUAAUUAUCUGAAAAUAUUAAUUCCAUAUUACUUAAUCACAUUCUUAAAAAGUGUAGGGAUCUAGGAGCACCCUUGAUUAAAUGCGAAAUAGGAGGUAUGAUUUCACCUGUUCAUUGUUUGAUUCAGGUGCAAGUGUCAAUAUUAUUUUCAAAAUUAUAUAUGAUAAAUUCAAAAUGGGUGAGUUACAACCUAUUUUCUUAGAACUGCAGCUAGCUGAUGGGUCAAGUAGAUAGUCAUAUAAACUAUUGGAAGAUGUCAUAGUUAAAAUUGCAAACUGUUAUUUACAGUAGAUUUUAUUAUUAUUUAUAUGAAGAUGACUGAAAAUAUCAAUCAUGCUCCUAUAAUCCUUGGUAGACCCUUCUUAGAAACAGUCAAAGCCAUAAUAGAUUGGGGAAAGAGGAUAGUAGAGUUAAAAUUUGGGUAA